AUGGUGUCUUUUGAGGAUGACGACCCGAUAGAAGGUGGGGACGAGUCGCAGGAUGAAGACGAGAACAUGGACGACAAUGACAACGAGAACGACGAAGGAGACGACCAAGACGAGGGGGAAGGGGAGGGAGAAGAAGAGGGCGACGAGGAUGACAACGAUCAAGAUGAUGAAGGCGACCAAGACGACGACGACGAGGGUGAUGCAGACGGAGACGCAGAAUCACCAUCACAAUCGCGCCGGCAGAGUCGAGCCUCUCCCUCAACAUCACGACCGCCGAACCCUACCGUUAUGCUGACAUCGCCGUCACCUCGUCCUUCUGCACAUCAAUCGCCGAGCAUGCACUUACCGUGGCCUUCGGUACGGCAAGAAGCCAUCAACGCCGUUACGUACGACAUUGUGCCUACCAUGGCCGCACCACAGAGCACAUCGAUAAACGCCGUCACGGCAACACCAGACAUGCGAUGGGUCUUUAGCGGUGGCUCUGAUGGAUACAUCCGCAUGUACAACUGGGUGGAAACAGCGAACGGANAGGUGCCUUUGACAGUGGCGCAAAAACACNCCCUUGUCGACAGCGUCAUGAAGGCCGGCAGCUUGACAACAUACUGGGAGAACGAAGAAACAUCAGUGCGUACUCCGCCUGCUCAAUCUGCUGAAGAACCCAAGGACUCGUCACCCGUCUACUCCCUGGCUACUCAACACCAAGCGACAUGGCUCUUGUCAGGCCUCGAAUCCGGUGCAAUCAAUCUACAAACAUGUCGUCACCAAGCUGGCACAAAGAUCACAACAUUGCGCGAACACACCUCAGCAGUCUCGGUCCUGAGUCUUGCGCAAGAUGAAUACUCGUUUCUGUCUGGAAGUUGGGACAAGACGAUCCUCGACUGGGAUUUGAACAUGGGCAAAGUCAAGCGCUCGUUCGUUGGCAGUGGAGGCCAGAUCUCAGCCCUCGAACGCCGACCCGAAUCCUCGCUACCCGUCCCUCAUGUCGCCGAAGACACACAAAUUCCCAGCUCGACCUUCUCAUCCAAUAAUGCCGCGAAACCACUUACGAGUGGCGUCUCCGCUCCAGAAGAAAGAAGAGGGAGCAAGAACAGCCAGAACAGCCAGAACGGGACAGAAGAUGCGGCAGGCUCGCCAGAUGGCUCCUUGUUCGGUGAUGACAACGGUUCCCUAUUUGGCGACGACAACAUCAAUGCCGACAACAACAAUAACAACAAUGCCUUUGACGAUGAUGACGAUUUCGCAAAAGCGAUAGCCUCGGGUUUGCAACAGUCAGAAGAUACAGAAAUGCUCGACGCAGGAGGUCCUGUCCAGCCACCCCAAGACACUUCCACCGCCCUCCAGGACCCCAUGGAUACCACCACCUCACAAACACAACCCGACACAUCCACUACAGAUCAACCUGAUCCUCUGUCGACAGGAAACCCUCACGCUGAAGAAAUAAUCACAAACGGCACUCACGCUAAUACAACAGAAGAUGAGCUACCCCAGACCUCAUCCACGACCUUCCUCGAUGCCUCUAUCGACGGCACCCUUCGCAUCUGGGACCAACGGGUUUCCUCGCCAAUCGCUAUCAUCCAUCCUACCACCGGCGUGCCUCCAUGGUGCAUGGGUGCUUGCUGGUCCGUUGACGGCAACAGCAUCUACGCCGGUAGAAGAAAUGGCACAGUUGAAGAAUACUCUCUCCGCAAAGGCUACCAGAUGGCCACGCCACAGCGCACGUUCAAGCUUCCUGGUGGAAGUGGUCCAUGCAUCCGAGCUAACAUUGCAACANGUGCAUCCUACGAUAUCCUGCGUCUCUACGAUCUUCGCGAUAUUGAAAAUACUCGCUCUACUGUCCCCUUCCUUAUUGUACCCGGUCAUCGCACUGGUGUUAUCUCCGCUUUGCAUAUGGAUCCAGCGUGUAGGUUCAUGAUCAGUACCGCUGGAAACAGGGGUUGGGAAGGCGCGAGUACAGAGGUUCUGCUUGGUUAUGAAAUUGGCUGUGUUUUGCCGUCUUGA